AUGGGCUAUGAAGGCGAAUUUGUGGUUGUUAUUGCUCGCGACGCAAAGAAUGUCUCGCGCAAACAUGCACCGUCGUGCGCCCUUGGCUUCACGGUCGGAGACGAUGUCACAGCGCGGAAUUUCUCCUCGCCAGACACAGCCGGUAGAAGCUAUGAUGGAUUUACACCCAUAGUGAUCAUGACGGGCACGUCCAAAGGCGUGGGCAUGUUCACAGACCCCCAGGCCCUCCUUAAACAUGGAGAUAUUGUUGAGAUUGACCUUCAGGGCUCCGGGAAGUCUGCGAACAGGUUCGCGUUCAAGUAG